AUGAACUGGGUAUUACUAAAUAAGUUACAUUUGGACUCAUUUCACUUGUUUAUGCUAUCCGUGAACACAAUCAUCCAAUUGGUAGCUCUCAUAUCAAACGUGAUAAGCAUUCGGAUUAUAUUUCUGAUGGAUAGACAUCGGGUGAAAAGGGCCCGACUCUUGAUGACAAACAUCGCCUGUUCUGAUAUUGUGUUGAUUUUAUUAAAAUUACGAUUUCUUGUCCUACCCUUCAUCGUAGCCGACAGUCCUCUCCUCUCUCAUGUCAUUCAAUCGGUGACCAACUGUUUAAACGCCACAACACUUUACGUUACGUCCAUAAUAAUGGUUGUCAUUGCCUGCGAUCGCUAUUAUCUCAUCACAAAUGUCUUUGACAGUCCAUUUGAUGCCAUUUCCACGAAAUAUUUAUUAUGGAUUAUAUGGACGUCCAGUUUCGUACUAUCGCUACCCUUUGCCGUUACAUCAGAUGUCUAUUAUUUUGAUUACACCAACGGAUCAAUGAUGUGUAUAAACGAUCAAAACUAUUUGGUUUCCCUCAAUACGGAUGAUAAGUUCCGACAAAUCACACGAUUAUUGAGGUUUGCGGUGCAGUUUGCUUUGCCAUCAGCAUUGGUGGCAUAUUUUUGCGCAAAAAUAAUUUUCUGUUUAAAUAACACACAACUAAUGGACAAGAAGUGGAUCAUAACAAAGAGAUUUGUUGUGGUGUUUGCGAUAUUCCUCAUCAAGAACUCAGCCUUUCAUAUGAAGUCCACCAAAAACAUUGUCAUAGAGAUGAUGAGCGCCAGACAAACAUAUUCCUGUUAUCUGAACGCAGAAUAUUAUAUACUUUACAUUAUAUUCAAUACGAGCGGCUCUUUUACAUCGUUGAUCUAUUUCUGGAUGAGCUCUGAGUUUCGUCGACUUUAUAAAUGUUAUGUCAAUCAAUGGCUGUUUAAAAGUACAAACAGUGGUAUUAUAACCAAUGAUGAGACGACGGACCCUGGUUCCUUCAUUGUACGGAACCUGUACAUCUCGAUGUAUGAGCCCAGGAUGAAUGGUAUGAAUGCGUUUAAAAUGCCACAAUUGAAUAUAAUGACCGUGCCCAAUUUGUUGUUCACCUCUACAUAUUGUCCCACAAACGCAAAAAUGGCCGGCAAUAGGGCUGAGAAGCCGAAACUCAUCAUCAUUGCGCCCAACCAUAGGGUGUCGUACCGUAAUGGCUCGACCAAUGGUAUAAACAAUGGCCAUCUGGACAACCAGAGCGGCGGAUUCGCUAGCGUAUAUAUUGUCCGACACAAACACUACGGCCACAAAGUUGGACAACAGGGCCACCAGAAGACUGUGUCUCACUUGAGUGCUCUUAAACACCGCGAUCUUCUGGUUGUUGGGCUGAUGGUCACUGAUUUGGGGUUAUCAUUGGCCGACGGGGCGGUAGUGACCGGUGGGGCGGCUUCACUGCUGUACGGCUUUAUGAAAUACAUGAAAAGGUGUGUGAAGUUUGUUACGCCGGUGGCUGACAUCGUGGCCGAGCACUACGUCCAUAAUGUGAUCGUCGGUGAUAUUCUCAGUGGUGUUGAUGACGGCGUUGUUGAGGCUGUGUAUGAGUUCACCGGUGAGGUAGGGCUGGUCUAUAAGGGGUCCAAAUAUAGUGCCGAUUCCGUACAUAAAUUGCGAGAGUUGGAGUACGGGUGCGCUGUUUUGCUGCCAUAUCUCAAUCACCCACACGUUAUAUGCGCUGAACCACACGCCAGAGCCCAAGCCGUACCCAAACACACA